AUGGGAAUUGAAAAUAAUCUGGCAAAAGUACAGAUCCUGCUGACUGAAGGAGCUAAUGUAAAUACAAAAGACCAUGCUGGAUGGACACCUUUGCAUGAAGCCUGCAAUCAUGGUUACGAGAAAAUUGCAAAGGUGCUACUUGACAAUGGUGCACUUAUCAAUACACCAGGAUCUGAGAAUGAUACUGCAUUGCAUGAUGCUGUGAGGAAUGGCAGAAUUGGUUGUGUUAAAUUGUUAGUGUCACAUGGAGCCUGUCAGACACUCAGGAAUGCUCAUGGAUUAAUGGCUAAAGAUUAUGCCUUCACUGAUGCCAUGAAAGAAGCCUUAACAACUGAUGUGUUGGUUACAUCAUCCACACCUGAGUUACAGUCAUCAGCUUAUACAGAUGGUGGACCUAUUUGUAUCCUGGCAACAGCCUUCUCCCGAGAUCUGAAGGUAGAACUGAGGAAGUUGGCAUCUGUGAUUAACGCAAAAAUUGUAGAUGAUGUCAGUCCUGAAGUUACUCACGUUGUGAUUGGUGUCAACAAAGAUGGCCUGUGUCCUCGAACUCUGAAGUAUUUGAAAGCUGUUCUUGCUGGAAAAUGGAUUGUUACCCUUGACUGGUUACGUACUUGUGUUGAAUAUGGUUAUCAAGUAUCUGAAGAACCUUUUGAAGUUGCAGGCUCUACCAGCAACCCAUUUUCUUUUGCCCCAUUUAAAGGUCGUAUGAAUAAAUUAAAACAACUGCCUCGAUUAUUUGAUGGAUGUCAAUUCUACUUUCAUGGAGCUUUCAACUCACCUGUACCAACCAAAGAAGAGCUGAUGGAUUUAGUUAAGCAAGGAGGUGGUCAUGUAUUGUCUCGAGAACCAAGACUUCAUACACUUGAUGAGCUUAAUUUGACUGUUCCUUAUCAUGCUGUUAACUGUGAUAACAACAUUAGCCAAUGUGGACUGUUUAUUGUAUAUGCUGAGAAAACUCAUGAUCUCACCUUUCACCAACACCCUAAACUAUGUACUGUCUCAGUGUCUUGCCUUAUGGAGAGUAUAGCAACCUUCUUUCUGUGUAAACUAUAUGGAAUUAUACCUCAGCUUUAAUGGACUCGUCAUCACAACUUUCUACUGUAUUGAGGUUAUACAUGAUGUUUGUCUUUUUCUGUUGAGCUGUUGAAGUUAUCUGCAACCAUUUUUUUAAUGAACAAAAUCUGUCUUCCAAUAUUUUGCAGCUAAACUGAAGGUACUCUACAAAAAAUGUUUUUUUACUGAACUGAGUUUACUUUCCAAUAUUUUCCUGAUCUUUUUCUAACAAACUGAGGUUAUCCCGCAAUAUUUUCCUACUGAACUGUGGCUUUCCUGUAAUAUAUUUUUAUUGAUCUGAAACUAUAAUAUAAUAUUUUUCUAUUAAAUAUAAUAUACUAUAAUAUCUUUCUAUUAAACAGAUGCCACCCACCCUUAUUUUUUUUUUAGCUGUUUAAAAUAUAUUUUUGUAUUUAUUGAAGUCAAGCGACAGAAACACAAGGUCCAUAUUCUUUGUUAAUUAUAGAUUGAAGGUUUAUAAGUGAUAACUGGAUGAAGAUUCUGUUAAAUUGUUCAAUGUUAUUUAUCUUGAUUACUAAACUUUUUUUUUUGAUCUGAAGGAGAGGGCAGGGCUCACAAUCCUUUUAGGUCCUCACAAGCUAAAAUGUAGGGAUAACAUUGUUAGGUAUGUAAUAAAACCAAAGGUAUUGCAUUAAGUGCUUUACAAUAAAUUGUUCCUCCCUCUAUCUUGUGAGUUCAAAUCCUACCAAGAUCAGUGUUUUGCCUUUCAUUAGUGGUAAAGUGAUAAAGUAACUAUCAGUGCUGUACUAUCAACAUAUCACUCCCAAUUAGUUGUGAUGUAAUAUUUUGAAUGAGACAAUUGAAGUUUGAAAUUGUCUGCAACUGUGCAAAGAUAGCUGAAAUUUGAACUAAUCCUUACAGUUGUGAAUUUUGUAAAAUUAUUUUACAAUAUUGUGAUAUUAUAUUUUUUGUUUUAAUAUAUACCUAUGUAUUAUGUUAUGUUUAUAGUAAUAUUUACUGUUUUUCAUACUAGAGAAUGUGUUGUUUUUUGUAUAUAUAUAUAAUAAUAUUGACCAUUUGUUUUAAUAUACUGGAGAACAUGUUAUGUGACUUUUUAUGCAGUAAUAUUAUUUGUGGUUUAAUAUAAUGUCUAUUAUCUUGAUUAUUUCCACAGUAAAUUACUGUAAUUCAAUAGUUCAGUUAAUGUGGCAUAUUUAAUGUAAUCAGCAUCACAUACUUAAUUAGAAAUUAUUAUAUGGUCAGGAAAAGGCAAUAUUUACUAUUAUAUCACAGCAAAAAUAGGAGGCAACUGUGAAAAUUAUUUACAUUUGACAGAUAUUUGUCCUCAUCUUGUUUGUUGUUGACAAAUAUAUCAAAUGUAAAUAAUGUACAUUAAUUCCUCAUCUCUUAAAUAUAGAAUUGAACUGUGGACAUGUUUUCACCUUAUUGGACCCCUUUCAACAAAGCAUAUGUUUCAUUAUAUUUUAACUUUAUUGACUUGUUUUUUAAAAUAUGUUUCCACUCAUAUUUGCGUUACUUUUAUACAGUGUUGUAUAUAGACUUAAUUACUUUCUCAUUUGACUCUGGCAGGGAAGGUAAAUUGCUUCACAGAGGAAGUCUAAUAAAACAUUAGUUGUCUCCCAUACUUACCACAAUAAUGAAAAUAGUGUCAUUAAGUUAAUGUUGCCUUUUCUUUGACACAUAAUUAUUUCUAAUGAGAUUUUUUUUUUGACGUUUUGAACAUUAAUUAUGUUAACAUUAACUUGACUAUUGUUUUUUUCAUGCAGAUGAUGUGUCUAAGUAGUUAUUCUUGUAAUUUAUUUCAUUAUAAUCCUGUUAAUUACGAAGGUGGAUCAGCCCAAUUGCCAGAGCAUUGUAUAAGAUUGACCCUAAUGCUCAACAUAACUCCUGCCAUUAAAUUCAUGGCUUUGUGUCUAUAUAAGAAAAUAUAAUUCAUUCAGCUCUCAGUUAAAAUGAUGACACCAGAAUAUUAAAAGCCCAUUGACUCCAGCUGGAUUUGAACUCAG